AUAAUUAUCCUAUAAUAGAAGUAACAUGUCAUAUUGGAAAUUGUAAUUAUAAUUAUCAAUAUGAUGUUUUAAAAUUAGGAAAUUAUCCAACAAAAAAUAUAAAACAAACGCAAAGAGAAAAAUAUCAAAUUCUUAAUAAUUACAAGAAUUAUCAUUUAAAAAAAUUAGUUUUGGAUUUUCAUUCUUGUUUUGAAAAUUUGUUUAAAAAAUAUAAUUUUUCUAAUACAAAAUUAAAUAAUUUUGAGUUAGAUAUUUCUGGAAAACCAAUUGAAUUUAAGUUUACUAAAUCUAAUCCAUCACUUAAUUAUCUUGAUUCUACUAUUUAUGCAUAUAACAAAGGAUUAAUUUCAAAAGAUAGUUAUAGAAAUUUGGCAGCUAUUCAACCUUUACUAGAAAGAGAGUAUAUUAUUGCUAUAUGA